AUGCGUGAAGCCCUAGCAAUGGCCGAGCUCGCCCUCUCAACCAACGAAACACCCGUAGGAUGCAUCUUCGUCCACCAAAACACCAUCAUAGGCCGCGGGAUGAACGCCACAAACGCAUCUUACAACGGCACCAGACAUGCGGAGUUUAUCGCUAUCUCUGACAUCUUCUCUUCAACCGACCCAGAAGGGAAGAAGAAGUAUGGAUCCAAGGUGUUGAAGGAAUGUGAUUUAUAUGUUACGGUAGAGCCAUGCAUUAUGUGUGCCAGUCUUCUUCGGCAGUUCGGUAUUCGAAGAGUGUUUUUUGGGGCGGGGAAUGAGAAGUUUGGGGGGUGUGGGGGAGUUUUGAACGUCCAUGUGGCGAAUGGUGCGACUGAGCUGCAAGGCGAAGGAGGGGACGGGGAAGAUGGUGCGGAAAAGGGAGGAGAGAGGAAAAGGCAUGAAGAUGAUUAUGAGGUUAGUGGGGGCUGGUUGAGGGAGGAGGCUAUUUUGUUGCUGAGGAGGUUUUAUGUGCAGGAGAAUGGGAGGGCGCCGGAGCCAAGGAGGAGGGGGAAGGAGGAGAGGGUUGUGAAGAUGGAUGUUGAGCCUUUGGUGGAGGGGAAGAAGAAGGGUGGUUGA